GGUGCAGAGUGGAUCAAUGGAUUCCAGAAUUCCCCAUAGCAUCACGGUAGUGCCAAGUGCAGUUAUGGUACAACCCCUUCUAGACGGCCGCGUCCCUUAUGGAAGGUUGCAGCACCCAUUGACUAUCUUGCCUAUUGACCAGAUGAAGACCACCCAUCUUGAAAAUGACUAUAUUGAUAACCCAACUCUUAAUCAGCUGACGAAUCAGAAGAUCAGCAGAGGACUCCAUGAACCUAUGCUCAUCAAUCAGCACCUACAAAGGUGUGAAGCUGACAAUACACACCCUUGGAUAUCGUUCAGUGGACGACCAAGUUCCAUAAGCAGCAGCAGUAGCACAUCCUCCGAUCAGAGGCUCUUGGACCACAUGGCUCCACCACCGGUUGUGGAUCAGUCCCCACCUCGGGCAGUGAGGAUACAGCCUAAAGUGAUUAAUUGUAAGCCUCAGGAUGUCAAGGGACAGAUCGCUCAGGAACUUGACAAACAUUUCUUACUCUGUGAGGCUUGUGGUAAAUGUAAAUGCAAGGAUUGUACUACCCCUCGGACCUUGCCUUCAUGUUGGGUUUGCAACCAGGAGUACCUGUGUUCCGCACAAAAUCUUGUCAACUAUUCCACCUGCAUGUGUCUCGUCAAAGGGGUCUUCUACCACUGCACAAAUGAAGAUGAUGAGGGCUCCUGUGCAGAUCAUCCAUGCUCUUGCUCCCAAUCAAAUUGCUGUGCACGCUGGUCUUUCAUGGGAGCCAUGUCCUUGGUCCUUCCUUGCUUACUUUGCUAUCUUCCAGCCACAGGUUGUGUUAAGCUCUCCCAGAAAUGCUAUGACCAAGCAAGCCGGCCUGGCUGUCGGUGUAAAAACACAAACAGUGUCAUCUGCAAAGCACCAGAUGCAGUGGGCAGACAAGAGAAGCCAUUUUGA